GGAAGACCAAGUGCAGACUUCUUCUUCUGCAUAAAGAAAUGCUGCCAUUCCUAAGGAAAUCAGAGCACAACUCUUUCCACUAGUGAUGGCGGACGAGUGGGAUCUUCUUGUGGAUCUGCUUAACUAUAGCGAAGACUGGAGUGGAAGUGGUGUGGAACGCGGCGUCGACGCUUCUUUACAUUUUUAAGGGUUACCAGCACGUUUUUGCAUCUUCUCCCGUCACUAUCUUCCCUGAGCCGCCUUUUUCGAGUAAGUAGAAGAUAAGCCAAGCAGAAAGUAUUAAGGUAUUUACAACCACCAGAAAAUGCUCCUUUUUAGACGUUUUUCUUAGGAAAAACGUUGCAAUUGUGCAAUCAUCGUCAGCCGUCAAGAAUGUCUAAUAAUUGCAACCGCAUCAAGAGGUGGAGGUCGUGGGAGGAUCGUCAUGCACAGCGCAUGUGGCAAUAAUUCUGAAGCGUGUGGCGUCUCAGUUGCGCAAUGUCUCAAGUCCCUGGAUUUCGCACAAGCUGCGCAAAGAACUACUGGCGAGUCUUCAUUUUCUGGCAUUAAGGCAACGACCACAAGCUUCGCAAGCAAACAUGAAACAGGAAUAACUUCAACUACUCUUAACUCUGUAGUUUUUCACGAACGCCAGAAGUAGACCUUCUAGAUCGCCUCGAUCAUUCUUUUUUGAAGAGGAAAAAGAAGGCGUGAGGCCCUCAAGUAGAGAAGUUGAAAUAUCAUGAGGACACUUAAGGUUGGCACCUUGACUCCUCGUGCUGGGAACUCUGGGCUCCAAGUGGUGCUUAUGGUCCAGAGCCCGGACCACAUCCCCCACCCUCGUCGGUUAGCGUAUUGACCUACUGCCAUAAACUUCCUCCUCCCCACCAUUAUAGCGUGUGCGUUUCUGCUUAGCUUAUCUAUCUGCGGGGCUUGUGACGUUAAACCGCCUACAAUCUAAUCCAGCCAUCGUAUUCAUUUUUCAAGUUGGACGAAAGAAGCGUCGGAUUUUUUUCAUUUUCAAGGACAAGGAGAAGGCUCCUCGUCAAGGAAGAUGUGAUCAUACGGGAGUUCCAAAUUUCUAAGUGAACAUCAUACAUCCUUGGCCUCUCUUUCAAGGGGACCUCACCAAGAAGCGUCCCUCAACGAGCUGGCUUCUCCUUCUCUUUCAAGGGGACCUCACCAAGAAGCGUCCCUCAACGAGCUGGCUUCUCCUUCUCUUUCAAGGGGACCUGAGCAAGAAGCGUCCUCAAGGACUAGGAGAAGGCUCCUUGUCAAGAGAUCCAAAUUUCUAAUAUCCGAUCGACGCGUCUCUCACCUAGAAUAGCCGGAUGCUAAUAAGCGCGGCCAUUAGCUUUAUUUUUGACCUAUCUAUCACGUUUUGUUUCCCUCACGUUUUGUUUCCCUUUUCAUCUGGUUAUUUCCAAUUCCAAAUGAUAUAAGUUAUAGGAAAUCUGGUCUAUUAAGGCGUCCUCCUUUAUAGUUAUCCGUAUUAUCUUUAAGGGUAGGUUAAAGGUGCUUUUCUUGUUACCGUUCGUUAUGCCUCUCCUAAGGAGGUAAGCGAGCACCAACAGCCUACCUCUAGUAUUUAUUCCCAUGAACCCAGAUUCGUACUCUCUUCAGGGUGUACUUGCUGAUGCAUUGGCAUCAUUAGGCCAAUCUACAAUAAGUAGUAUAGCAAACCUUCUCACCAACAAAUCCCAACACCCAAACAGCAGGAAAGACGAUACACACAGAUGCGGAACUGAAGAGUCUGCUGUUGGACUACAUCUAGACUUCAUGAAAUAAGGGGCAAGUAGUAAUAGUUUUCUCAAUUCUUUGAAUUUCCAAGUCUAGGAAAAAGCGUCCCCGAACCGCUCGUCCGAGCUUUAAACGAGGAUCGUAA